AUGGUGUCGAACACUCUGGUUACUGCAUUUGCAGUAGUCGGUGGUCUACUUUACGCUGGUAGUAAAGUGUCGUCAGCUCUCCGGGUCCACAUGUUUCUAUUCAGUCUCAUGCUCUCGCUUGUCUACCGCACUUACAUGAUGCCUUUCCGCGUUUACUUGUCCCUGAGACGCUACUUCGGUAGGAUGAGUGUUCUCCUUCUCCUCACGGUCUUCCUCUCUCUUGUCUCUUUCUCGACCUCCUUGCUCGCUCACGCCUGCCGCAACUGGUUUCCUUCCCACUCCUUUCUCUACUUGUGGCUCAUCGGUCAUGAACCCACCAGUUUCUCAACUUGGGAGAUCCUCCUCUUUGGUGAUGUAUCGCAAGCCUCUAUUCCGUCGGCCUCCCAGGUUUUGAAGCGGGUUUGGUUUGAAGGUCCCAAUGUUCAACCUCUAGGUCCUGUUCUCUACAGCUCUGUCUUUGAGAUGUUCUUCACGUCCUGGUUUUUCACACACGUUCUCGUUCGUUUCUACUUCGUUCUUUGUGUCGUCGACUUGCUCCGAUACAUCUACACUGAUUACGAAAUCACCUUCAAGGAUCUAGGUAGAGGUGGUUCGCCUCCGACUUUCGCGGGAUGGUACACGGCUCGCCUGCGCGCCAUUUUCGCCAACAUCGACGUCAUGGAGCCUCCCCGAGUGUCCCCUCUCGCUGACCCCUACCGUGGCCGCCUCAACAAACUCCCCAAGCGAGACGGCAAACGACCCACGAUUCUUGGUGUCACUCCCCAGCGCCAGACCACCGACGAAUCAGCUCCCAACGCUCUGCAGCAAGUCGAGGCCAUCAUGGCCGAGUUUGAGCAGACCCAAGGUGACGACCAGAUCGAAGUCUGUCCAUCAUUUCUCGAGGGCGGCCUGAUGGCCCUUCGUCGUCGGCUCAUCGUCCCUGUCGUCGCUAAUGGUGGUCCCGCCGAUAUUCGCGCCUCUUUCAACGGCCCCAAUGAGUUCGGAGGAGAGAUCUUCCACGGCCACCGAGACGGAGCAAGUCACAUCGUCCUGCACCUGUCCGACGUCAGAGUCGUCCUCGAGUCUGGCUGGGGCGAGCGCCACCCCUUCGCUACGGAGAAGUGGUACUGGAAGCUGUACUGGCACACCUACCUCGGCAUCCGUCGCCCCGUCCCCAUCGGUCUUGUUAACCUGUACGCUCCCCGCGACAAGGGCGAGAUGGACAUCGUUAGACAGCUCAUUCAGGCAGCUAUCUAUAACGAGACCUAUGGGCAUAUGUACCCCCUUGAUGCUAACACUUACCCUCUGCCUCCGGCUCCUGCGGCUGCUGCUUAG